UUAUGGGGUUAAUUUACUUCUGGUUGUUACAUAUAUAUUAACAAAACUACUUUGCUCUGAAUUGUCAUUCUUCAUGAAUGGGAAAAAGUGAGCAUGACAUUACGGACAGUAUUUCAAUGGCCGCUUUAAACAUGACAAGUGGUGACAUAAAAGCCACUUCGCCGAUAAAAUCGGGAAGCCAACGCCGACUAAAGAGCAAGAAAAAUGCUUCUACGUGCACCACCACCAAUGAAGUGGGCACAAUUACUAACGCUACUGGAGAUAGUUCCAUACUUACGGUAAUGGAAAUAGAAAGCAAUUCGAAAAAGUCAUUGGCUACCUGCACCUCUUCCAAAACAUCACUUUGUUCAUCUCCUGAGAAGCAAGAUAUGCAUAUCAUCGACGAGCGCAAAGUUCUUAAUUACCAAAAAAACAGUGGUACCAUUCAGGACGAUGAUGAGGAUAGCGAGAGUGAGAAGUUGUCACCGUUGCUGUCGCCAGGGACACAUAGCAAAAAUACUUCAAAUAAAUCAAGUAAGCCAGUUGUGGAUAUUCUCAAUAAUAGUGAUGACGAAGAUAUAGCAACAAACAAACACGUUAAUGAUAUAGCAGUUAGAGUUAGUAUUGAUGAUGGGAAUAAUGUAUUACACGAAUCUAACUCAAGUAAGAGUGACUCAUUAAAGCGCAAUAUACAUGGGUCGGAUCAUGCCGAGUCUAAUGCGGCACCGAUUGACCCAGGCCUAUUAACAACCAAUUUAAGCGCCGAGGAUUCCGAUUACUAUACACCUGAUGACAUUCAAAACAACAUACUUAGUCCGUUGUAUUCUUCAGAGCUAGUAAAGAGCGGGGAUUCUUUGUGUUGCAGCUGCGCUACUAUGAAUCAUGGUAAUUGCGACAUAAAUGUACUUAAUGCUGCUGGGGUGGGUUUUAACACAAUGGUAAAAAGGAAUCAAAAUCUAAAAAAAAAAUCAACGUCAGCGGGUAAUAUUGUUGGUCCUAGUGUUGUAGCUCCUUCUAUUUGCGGAGUGGACUUAAAGAGCAAUAAUGUUAGCUCACUUCCCGAUAUGCUGGACAGUCCGGUAAGCGGCAAUUCGGCCUCUACGCGCAGCUCUAGUGACAGCUACUCAUCCAGUUCAUCGACUAAACAGUUGCUGAGCUCUAAUACAGCCACAACAGCUGCUAACAUUAUUUUAGAUGAUAAAAGUGUACUUCAGAAUGCAGUCAACGUUUAAGCACAAAAAUGCUAAAAAUAUAAUAACACACUUUUUAUUAAUAAAGGAGAGUAGUGUAAAGAAACGUUUUCUAAUAUAUUAAUUUAAGCAGAUUAAUUUCUAU